CCCGGAUGGAGGAAGCUCAGUCCGCAUACAGUAUAGCUGAUGGUCAAACCUCUCGGCCUGGAGGUUAAUAUGACAUUUUUUCACCCAGCGAACUGCCAGAUGCAUUUCAACCGGCGUAAAAAAGCAGCUAUUUAGUAGCGCAAUUUAGAAACAACCGUUCAUUUCGCCGUGCUUUCAUGGCGUCUGGCUCCGGAGAUGAAGAGGGGAACACGGAAGGCGGUUCAUGGAGACUCAUAGGCCCGGUCGAGGGGCUCUCCAAGAAGCGCUGCCGCCUGAUGUACUGCUCCCUGGGCUUCAAGUCUGAUGUCUGCCUCUUCUACGUGAAGGGGGAGUUUUUCGCCAUGGAUGCUCGCUGUGCACAUUCCGGCGGUCCUCUGUGUGAGGGGGACAUCGAGGAAGCUGACGGAGUCCUGCAGGUCUUCUGUCCCUGGCACGACUAUGACUUCAACCUCAGGACUGGGAAGUCUGGGACCUCCUUACAGCAACAAGUGUAUGAAGUCAAGCUGGAGGAUGGCAACGUGCACGUGAAACACGCCAAUCGUCUCUCCUUAGAGCCUUUUCCUGCGGAUCAGAAGAGUUGAAAAACCUCAGCCCUUUGUGAGGCCCGUCUAUUUUUAAUACUUGUUCCACAAACCCAAGCCAUCUGAAACAUUCCUGAGCCUUAUCUAUCAUGUUCACAGACUGUUUCUGCUUUGAUUGCUGUGAACUCAGGACAAUAUCAAGAGGAUUGUCUGAAGAGGACAUGACAUCAUGAAACUGAGAUGUACUUUCUGCUGUUCCAGGUAGAGAUUCAUCACAGAUACUGAGCAUGGAGCGUCACUACAGGCUUUUAUAAUACACCAGACCGUAGCAGAUAUAACUUCAAAACAGAAAGUUUACUUUUCAUAUGUAAUAUUACAUUUUUACUGCAUAACAACUAUUUUGCCUAUUGACCAGAUUUAGUAGGAUUCUUUAAGAUAAUCAUUUUAUUAUUUCUGAUUUAAAUAAUAUAGAGUGAUAUAGUUUAAAUGUCUUGGCAUUUGAGCUAAAACAUUUAAAAAAUGUUAAUCUUUAUUCUUAGAUUUUCUACUUGUCCAUCCAUUGCUCGUCUUAUAUGCUUACUAGCAAGCAAUUACUGCCCUGUUUUGCUCCCAAAUAUCCUUUCUGAUUUAAAUACAAAAGGAAAAUGGACAACUAAGUAUAAUUGCAAUGAGGGGAGGAAUUCACAUGCAUCCAGAAAUAAUGAUUCUUGCUUUACAGUCAUGAUAGAGGUAAUAUGAUUUAUACAAAAUAUGCAAAAUGCAAUGAUAAUCUAGUGAUUUGUAAAUGCAGUUCAAGUGGACAAAAUGAAUCGUACAAAUGAGUAUGACAUGAACAUCAAUGUCUGGUUUAUAUGAGAAAAACACAUGUAGAUUGUCAUUUUUAGUUGUAGUAUGUAAUUUUGAAGUCUUAAGUGACUGACAGUCCAUUCCAAAAAGUAAUACAAGAGUUUCCACUAAUUACAGUGGAGUAAUUUGUAGAACCAUGUCAUGGUGGAAGUGUAAUGACGUUAAUAUCCAACUAAAAGGUCUUAUUGUUAUUCCCACCAUUAAUUAUCUUCAAUGUCUUCAACAAGCAUUACCAGAGGCUUCAAACUCUUUAACUUGCAAGCGAUCAGUCACACUUGUUGAGUUGUGGCCUUUGCAUAAAUGUAGACAUUUAUUCCAGUGAUGUCACCAAACAGAGAACUCCCUUUUAAUGAUUUGAUUUUGGACCGUUUUUUUAACCCGAAUAGAGUUCCAGCAAGUAAAACACACAUGAAGGGCACUGCAAUUACGUUUGAUGGCAGUCAGAGUUAAGACUUCUCACACAGCAAUUCUCUCCACUCCUGGCCUGUGCACAGACAGGUUUGUCUGUUAUUGACGCAAUUGGGCUCAAAAGAAACAGUUAAAGCGCCGCAGGAAGGUUCAUGACCUUAAAUGCACCAUUGGUCUCAAAAAUAAAUGUUUUUUCUAGCUUAAUGUGUGUGUGCACUGAUGCAUUUCUUACCCAGCGGUGAGGGCAGUCACUCACUGUGUUUUCUGUCAGCUCCAUUUUCUGGCAGAGGCGCAGGGCCCAUCCUGAAGGUGUCAGAGGCAACACACACUUUCCCCCCUGCCCUGCUGUGAUCCUUGCUGUGCAACUUUAUUACAGUAAUAAUUCCACUGGCUAAAAAUGUCUGUAGUGUGCAGGAGUGUUUUUUCUGUGUGCAGUAUAACUCAUCACCUGAAGGGUAAUAGACACACACAAUGGACAUGCAGCUAUUUUGAGUCAGUGGAAAAAUCGAAGUAAACAUUGUCAGGAUUCUGCACAUUACAUGAUAUUCUGUGAGUACUACUGAGAAAACCAGCAUUACCAUCUGUUGCUAUAUGUUUCCUUAAAGUUAUUAUAUAUGAUGGGCUAAUUUGAAUGCAUUUAGUUUCUUGUGAAAAUUAUGUAUCUGGUUUAUAUGUAAAAAAUGUCUGCAGACUGCAUUGUUACUUUAGCCACAUUUGAUUUCAACCACCUAUCACAUGCACUGUUAGCUUCUGUUGUUUCGUAUGUUUCAAACUAUAUUUAUUGUUGUGACUUUUGCAGAGCUCAGCAUUAUUGUUUAGAUCACAAAUUAAAUUAUUGUUUGUUUGCA